AUGAAUAAAUUAUUGUUAUUAAUUCCUGCCUUGUGCUUAAUUGGAGCUGGAGUCUUAUUGAUUUAAGGUAAUAUGACUAACUUAUCAGUUGAUAAUGACUAUGUUACAUUUGCCUAAUAUGAAGACUGUAUGGAUAAAUUCGUUAAUCACAGAGAACCUUGCACAUCAUCUACCAAUUUCUAAUAAACUAAGCAAAAAAUUUAAUAUUUCAUGAAUACUAAUCCUGAUUGCAUUGCUUAUGCUAACUACUAAAACACAGUAUACGCCUUAAAUGAAUUAGAUACUGCUGCUUUAAAUUAAGAUAAUUUAUACUAGAACUGUCGUGCCAGUCCUGAAUUCUUAGCUAUCGCUAAAACUAGUGAUUGCCUUUACAAUUAAUUCAUCGCUCCUGAACUCGAAUUGUGUAGUGGUUUAAAUAUUUGA